CUAAAAUUCCAGCGAUGAACUUUUCCGUGCCCCAAGAUGACGCAGCAAUGCACAAAGAUAACAAACUCGAAACAUUCAGCAUCAUGCAGCACUAAAACAAACAUAAAUGGCAAACAAAAGAACAAAAAAGACAAUAAAAUCGCAUUGAUUCGUACGCGGGUCGCUUUGCAUCCCACAAAGCAAAUCUAUUGAAAAACAAGCCGUCGCUGAAGCAACCUCAAGGAGACAACACAAAGAAAACGCCUCCAGCUGACGUCCCCUUACAAAAUUGAUUCUGACGCACUGCAAAACAUGAAAGAAAGGCGAAAUAACAUCAGAAAUUGACAAUAAGGGAAUGCUUUGUCGGAUCGGGAUCGCAUCAUCCAACGUCAGAUUAAAAUGAGAUAAUUCGUCUCUUUUCUCGCCAAAAAGUCAAAAUCCCAGACCUGACAGCUACAUUUUCGGCCCUACAAUCCAAAUUCCUGUGAAAUCCGCCAUGAGUUUGAGAGCUCGCCGCGAAGAGGAGAGACAACGCAAGUUGAACGAUGAGCUCGACGAAGAAGAGAAGCGCUACAACGCUCAGAAGGAGCGCAUUUACGCCCCCGUGGUGUGGCGGCGCCUCGGCUCGGGCAUCCGCAUUCAGGACCUCAAGUCCAAUUAUUACGACCGAGUUUUGCAAAUAAUCCAAGAAUGCUAUUUCCAAGAGGAGGUGUUGAGCCGCAACAGCAACUUCGCUGGAGACCCCGACUCGGUCAAGUCUUUCCUCGACCACGUACUGUCUUACUUGAAGGACCGGAGCUCGAUCAUUGGACUAGACGAGGCCAACGAGGACGCAAUAGUCGGCUUCCUGGUGCUCAAAGUCAUGCACAAGAACGACUACAGCGACGUCUUCAGCCGCGUCAUGCCCGUCGAAGGCGACGCCCACAAGAAGUGCGUCAACUUCCUCAACUACAUCGCCCGAAAGGCUGACAUCUACACCGAAUACAACUGCGAGGAAUUCCUGCGCUACGUCCUCCUCUGCAUCCGUCCCGAGUAUCGCAAGCGAGGAUUAGGUCUCCAGUUCUACCUAAGCGCCGUGGACGUUGCACGCUCGCUCUCUAUCCCAGUCGUGAUGGGGAUUUUCUCCAGUUGGUCGCAACAAAAACUAGGAAAGAAAAUCGGGAUGAAAGUGUCCUUCGAACUAUACUACACAGCAUGGAGGGACAAGUUCAACGAGUUGGCGUUCCCGGAACCGGGACAAGGGAAUUACACGUGUGCGGUGAUGGCAGGCUUCCUGCCGCCGCCCCCGGUGAAAGAACCACCCCCGGUACAAACCGACGAAAAACAAGAGAAACUUACAAGACCAGAAAAGAGAAAAGGAAAGGAGAAGAAGGCGAGGAAGGAACUAGCAAAGCAGCUGAAAGAAAAACCGAGUUCAUAGUUCGUCUUUUAUUUCGUUCGAGGUACGUAUAGGGAGGUUACGCCAAAAUUCGGCGCGUUUUUUGAAAAGCCCUUUGUGCAUGGAAGCUCCGUCAGAGGAGAUGUGGAAGUAUUCGAGAUCGUCGCCGGUCACGGGAGUCCACUUAGAUGGGACAAGGUCGCUCGUAGUAGGGGUUGGAUCCCUGAAAAGUACCAUGAAAGAGAGGUGUGAGUACCACGUUGUAACGUACCCAGUCAGAGCGAAAUUCACCCAAAGCGUGGUCAUAAUCUCGGCGAUUUUUUUAUCCUGAGGGGUUUGAGGUUUAUCCGGGAAGAGACUUUCAGCCAGAGGGAACAAGUACUGGAGUUCGUCUGCAUGACACACCCCGUAGUCCUUUUCCUUGUCGCCGAAGAUCUCCGUAAAACUUGAGGGUCCUCGGUGCCCGAAGAGGUAAUAGUAGAUGGGUUUUUUGCUGUAUUUGAGGUAGUACUGGACUGCUUCGUCCGCCCCGUUCAAAAACCACCCGUCGGUGUACAUCUACAAGUCAAAACUAGACCCCAAAAGUACUACCGUCACUAUCGUGGUACUUACAUCUACAACGUCAGGCCUAGAACUUGUGUUGAGUUUGGCACCACCGAAAUAGAAGUCGCGGAUUCUAUCAGUGACCAAACGAACCUGAGGACUGAUUUCGUCAUACAGCAGCGAAACUGGUACCACCUCGUGGAAUUUUUCCUCAAGCUCGUCGAUCAAGUGGGGGUUGCCAAAAAUCCCAGCCGCUCGCAACGCACCGUCGUUGGUAUUCAAACCCACGAUCCAGGGUACUUGGGCAAACCGUCCCUCUUUCAUACUCUCGAUAGGGUGCUCCACCAAAAAGGCACCCUCUAGAUUGGGUUCGACGACCGGCUUGAACGGAAUCAUGGGAUCGGUAUCCCAUUUCUGAAACACUUUCGUUACUGAAGAAACCCAAUCGUACUACUAGCGGUACCAUGAAGAUGUGAUCUUUAGCCACUAAAUCAUAAACCGGGACUUUCCUCAAACACUCAACUAACUCUGAACUAGACUCAGUACUGCAUCCGAACUCUUGUGCAAGCAUUGUGGCAUGCCUGAGGGCUUGUCCGUCCGGAGCGACAGCCCACAGGCAAUGCGCAGUACCACUUUGCGAAAUCGCAGUGCUGAACAAACCUACAAAAACAAUAGAAUUUAUGUUUUGGUUGAAUAAUCAAGAGUACCUCUGCUCAAAGGUGACACCAUGUGUAACUGGACGCUAGCGCCCCCUGCCGACUCCCCGAAGAUGUUGAUUUUUUGGGGGUCCCCACCGAACGCGUGCACGUUCUCUUUGACCCACUUCAUCGCCAAAUUCUGGUCUUUCAUUCCGUUGUUCCCCGGUACCACUUCGUCUCCGGUGCUCAGGAAACCCAGCGCUCCUGCAAAUCAUGUUAUAACAACCAUUAUAAAAAUCGAAAGAGUACCUAAUCGGUAGUUCGUGACUACGAGUAUCACGUCUCGGUCCAGGAGAAUAUCAGGUCCGUACCAGAAGGAGUUUCCCCCGCCGCACAGCCAGCCGCCUCCGUGGAAGAAUACCAUGACCGGCAGGGGACUUUGCACCUUGUCGUGGACCUGAGGAAAUCCAGCAACCUUGGUUGUGAUUGAAGCAUAAUUACGUGUUUGUUGAUGGUUAAUAAAUAGAUUUUGGCGGUA